UAGGAUGUUUAAAACACUUCAUUCUGAAACUAACAUCCCUAUAUAGUGGAAAGGAGCCCAGUACAAACAUGGUUAUCCUGGAUAUCAAAAUGCUCUCUGGAUAUGUCCCAGACCCAGAGUCUUUGAACAUGCUCAAAGGUGCCCUGCUGGUGGAUCGUGUUGAACAAAAGGAGGAUCGUGUUCUGGUGUACAUACGGGAGUUAACGAAUAACAUAGUUAUCAACCGCAGCCUAACGCUCAUACAGGAGCACCAAGUACAGAACCUGAAGCCAGCCGUGGUCAAGAUCUACGACUACUACCAGCCACUGUGUAACUACAGUGUCUGAAGUGAAAUACAUGCAUAAUGGACAGUUAAAUAAUGUCAUGUUAAUGUCCCGUCUGAAAUUAUUCUUUUGUGUAAUUUUUUCCACUGUUUAAUCUUUCUGCUCUGUAUUUAUCCUGUGUUUUAUCCAAAGAACAGAAGUCGUGCGGCUCAGCUUAGUGUGGAAAUGCAAAAAGUGUUCUUUAGAUAACAUCUAAACUCUCUCAGACUCUUAGAGAAUCUAAAAAUCCCAUCUCCCAAAGCAGUUGGAAAUCCAAGUUUAGCAAAUAUAUUGGUUUUAUAAUAUGUAUGUAGACCCUCACUCACAUUCAGGUGAGCAGGCUGAGACAGAUGACCCUUGUGCUGCAGGCAACGGAUUAUUUAAUAAAAUGAAGAAAAGACUUAGUCCAUACAUCCUAAUACAGAAACAUACAAUACAGUUCAAGUAUUUUGAGAAGACUGUGCAGUGUUAUCCUCAAUUGCAACUUGAAGACGUGUUCCCAAUCAAAUUUUAAAUAAACCAUUAAUUUAAGGAUUGUGUAGUUCAAUGUCUGCUUGUGAAUAUUUGUGUUAAACCUGCAUGUAUUCAUCUUUUUAUGACCACCUUAGGCGGGAAUGGCUGGGCCUGGAGUGUCCCAUGUCCCAUGCCACACCCUAUUUUCUACUUUUCAAAAUAAAAGCUUGCGUCUGGAAUAAAAUAGGCUCACGUCGACCAUCAUGAACUUUAAAUAUUUGGUGUUUUUUAACUAAUACACUCAUACAAAAAGAUUAAAAUACUUAAAAAAAGGUCUCCAAGAUAAAUGCAGACUAUCAUACUGAUGAAUAAAAUACUUAAAAAUAUAUGUCUUUAAAAUAAAUGCAGAUUAUAGGCAAACGGGAAAAAAUCCUUCUAUGGCCGCAACCUGGAGCCUCCCGUCUCACGCCCUUUAGCCAUGCUAAUAAGCAAUUGUAUUUGCAGCAUUGUCCCAGUGAAGUGUGAAAACAAUAGAAUAUAAAAAUAAAAAGUAAUCUUGGAAA